AUGGAACUAUUUAAAAAAGCGAAAACCAUCCGUCUUCGAAGCAUAAAAGACAAAUAUAUGAUCGCGGAUGAUGACGAGCAAACGGUUUCUCAAGAUCGUGAUGGGUCAAUAGAAAAAGCCGAAUGGGAGGUCUUCCCAACCGGAGAAAAAUACAUACGUUUUAAAAGUUGUUAUGGAAAAUACCUAAUGGCGUCAAACACCCCAUUUCUUCAAGGGGUGAAGGGUAAAAGAGUCAUUCAAACUGAAUUGAAGCCGGAUUUGGAUGGAAGUGUGAAUUGGGAGCCAUUACGGGACGGUUUUCAGGUUCGACUUAAAACGCACACGGGUACUUUUUUACGCCCAAUUGGCGGGUUGCCUCCUUGGAGGAAUAAUAUCACGCAUGACAAUCCGCAUAGACCAAAGACAAAAGAAAAGAUUUUGUGGGAUAUUGAAAUUGUAGAACAUCUCCCGUCUUAUCGAAAAACAAACUCGGAUUCACAACUUUAUAGUAUGCUAGAUCCUAAAUGA